CAAUUCCGGAAAUCGCGCGUGCGCUCAGUGGACGAAAUAUUCUGGAGGAUUGGCAGCAGGGAUUGCAAAUUUGUGAACAGGAAUCUCAGACACAACAACACAUCAGUUUUGCUGUGUCAACGCAGAUAUUUAAGGAGUGACCACAUAUUUCCUUUGUAACACCAAAAUAUUCAUUGUUGAUCGUAGCAGAUGAAGUAUCUCAUUCCAGCUGGAAAUGUGCUUUGUGCCUGAAAUGAAGAUUCCUGUUGUAACUAAAUGAAAUCCACUGGAACGGGAGUGCUGAGAUCACACCAGAUUUAUUCACUGGGCAAGGGAUUCACUACGUCUUACAUUUGGCUUUCUGAAUUCCCAGAGAAUUGAUAGAGAACUGCGAGCUGGGAUUCACUCACUCACCUACAGACACACCCUCGAGUUCACAUGGAGGAGAGGCUGUUCACCUGUUCUGUGUGUAGGAAGGGGUUCACUCAGUCAGUUGACCUACUGGCUCACCAGCACAUUCACACUGGUGAGACACUGUUUACCUGUUCAGAUAGUGGGAUGGGAUUCACUCAGUCAUCCGACGUGCAGAGACACCAGCGCGUUCACACUGGAGGGAGGCCGUUCACCUGUUCUGAAUGUGGGAAGGGAUUUACUCAGUCAUCUCAUCUGAAGGUACACCAGCGCAUUCACACUGGAGAGAGACCAUUCACCUGUUCUGACUGUGGGAAGGGAUUUACUCAGUCAUCUCAUCUGAAGGUACACCAACGCGAUCAUACCGGGGAGAAGCCAUUCACUUGCUCAGACUGUGGGAAGGGAUUCACUCAGUCAUCUCAUGUGAAGGUACAUCAGCGAGUUCACACUGGGGAGAAGCCGUUCACCUGUUCGGAUUGUGGGAAGGGAUUCACUCAGUCGGCUGAUCUACUGGCACACCAACGCGUUCACACUGGUGAGAGACCGUUCACCUGCUCCGAUUGCGGGAAGGGAUUCACUCACUCUUCCAACCUACAGAGACACCAACGAGUUCACACUGAGGAGAGGCCAUUCACCUGUUCAGUGUGUGGGAAGGGGUUUACUCGCGCAUCCAGUCUACAGACACACCAGUCAGUUCACACUGGGGAGAGGCCAUUCACCUGCUCAGACUGUGGGAAGGGAUUUACUCGGUCAUCUUAUUUGAAGGCACACCAGUCAGUUCACACUGGGGAGAGGCCAUUCACCUGCUCAGACUGUGGGAAGGGAUUCACUCGGUCAUCUGAUCUGAAGGUUCAUCAGCGAUUUCACACUGGUGAGAGGCCAUUCACCUGCUCAGAUUGUGAAAAAGGAUUUACUCGAUCAUCUGACCUACUGGCACACCUGCGAGUUCACACUGGGGAGAGGCCGUUCACCUGUUCUGUGUGUGGGAAGGGAUUCACUCAAUCAUCUGAUCUGAAAAUACAUCAGCGAGUUCACACUGAAGAGAGACCAUUCACCUGCUCCAAUUGUGGGAAAGGAUUUACUCGAUCAUAUGACCUACUGGCACAUCAGCGAGUUCACACUGGGGAGAGGCCAUUCACCUGUUCUGUAUGUGGGAAGGGAUUCACUCGGUCAUCUGGCCUACAGACACACCAGUCAGUUCACAGUGGGGAGAAACCGUUCACCUGCUCAGUCUGUGGGGAAGGAUUUACCCAGUUAUCUCAUCUGAAGGUACACCAGAGAGUUCACACUGGGGAUUGAACAUUCACCUGCACAGACUGAGGGAAGGGUUGCACUUGGUGUUCUCAACUGAUGGUUCAUCAAUGGGGAGAGGCCAUUCACCUACUCAGCAUGAAGAAUGGGAUUUACUUGGUCAUCUGACCUACAGACACACCAGUCAAUUCACAGUAGGGAGAGGCCAUUCACCUGCUCGGACUAUGGGGAGGGAUUUAUUUAGUCAUCUCAUGUGAAGGUACAUCAACAAGUUUGCACUGGGGAGAAGUUGUUCAUCUGCUCAGAUUGUACGGAGGUAUUCACUCAAGUCAUCUCAUCUGUAAGUACAUCAGCGAGUUUGCACUGGGAUGAGGCCAUUCACCUGCUCAGACUUCGGGAAGGAAUUCACUUAAUCCACUGACCUAUUGGCACACAGUGAGUUUGCACUGUGGAAAGACCAUCUUGCUGUUCUGAUUGUGGGAAGGGACUCACUUUGUCAUCUCAAUUGAAGGCACAUCAGUGAUUUCACUAGGCAUUUACCUGCUCUGAAUGUGGGGGGGGAUUUACUCAGUCAUCCAAGCUUGUGGUGCACAAGCCUCUAAUGGCUGUACAAUAUAUAAUUCUGGAGAUUUCUUUGAACUGCAUUAAUUAAGUGCAUUCUCAUUGGUUAAUUUUUGCUGCAGUGUUGGCUAAGUACUUUCUAAUUAUUAUUUAUAGAACCGAAUGGAUUUUUUAAAUCUUUGGGUAUAGAAAUAGUUGUUUUAUGUUAGGUGCCGUCUUUAGUUUCUCUCUCUUCAAGUUGUAGACCCCUGUUACUGUUCUGUUCCUGUUUGAUCAACUUUGAAUAAAAUGAUCAUGAAGCAACGAGUUUUAUGCCUCAUUCUUGACUUCUAAAAGAACCUCAGAUUUAAACACCAAAAUCCCUCAAUUUUGAUAAGAUUAUUGAAAUAUACCAUCGAUGUUGAAGCUAAUGAAACAUAGCUCGUAGAAGAUAUUAUGAAAGUCUGCGAUAGGACCCAGGUAAUGGCUUCUGUGGGUUCAAUAUAAGACUGGGUGGUCACUUGGAUUGAAUGUGUGAGCAAGUGAAAGAGUUUGCUAGAUGAAUAAGGUUAGGGUUAGGGUUUAAUGUCACAUCUCCCCCCUCUCCCAGUUUCAUCUACCAUCUUGUAUGUCUUCCUUACCUUGACUCUAGCCCUAACUCUACAGAAGUGGAAUAAACUACAAAAACAGCAUGAUAGAGACAGUAAAAAAAAAUGUCUAAAGUGCAAAUCUUUGCUUCAACUGAACGAGUGAAAGAACAAGACAAUAAUUCAGUCGAAGUCACACAUACAAGAUGUUGGAGGAACUUGUGUGUGUUAUUUGGCAUCUCUAACACUUGCAGAAUUUCUUGUGUUUUUAAUUUACUCAAUGUACUUUGCUCAGAGCUCAGAAGCAAACAAACAAUGUCAGAAAAUGCAGGGGUGACUUCCAGUGGGCAGUUCUGCUGAUGACGCUGCUGGGUCACGACUACUGGUGUUCCACCCACAGAAGCACCUACAUCUCAAGCUCCACUUUAACAGUCUCCCUAUUCAGCGCCACCAUGCCAACUCUGGAGAAUUACAUCAAACAGUCAUGGAGACAGCAACACCAUCCUAAUUCCUGAGAAUUAUAAACAUGAGAAAAUCUGCAGAUGCUGCAAAUCCAAAGCAACACAAACAAAAUGCUGGAGGAAUGCAGCAGGCCAGGCAGCAUCUAUGGAAAAGAAUAAAUAGUUAACAUUUUGGGCUGAGACCCUUCAUCAGGACUGGAAAGAAAGAGAAGUCAGAGUUAAGGGGAGGGGAGGAAGAAGUACACGGUGGUAGGUGAAACUGGGAGGGGGAGGGGUGAUGUGAAAGAGCUGGGAAGUUGAUUGGUGAAAGAAAUAAAGGGAUGGAGGAGGGGGAAUAGAUCAGCAAUGGUGAAAUGGCAGAGUAGACUCAAUGGGGGGCAAAAUGGCUUAAUUCUGCUCUUCUACCUUAUGGUCUUGUGGAAUGGGAAUAGUGAAGGAGAGGGGGACAAUUACUGGAAGUUCAAGAAAUUGAUAUUCAUGCCAUCAGGUUGACAGCUACCCAGACAGAAUAUAAGUUGCUCCUUUAAUCUGAGUGUGCCCUCAUUGCAGCAGUAAAAGAAGCCAUGGAAUGACAUGUUGUAAUGGGAAUGGUAAGUAGUAUAGAAAUGGGUGAUCACUGAGAGAUCCAGCUUUUCGAGGUGGAUUGAGUGGAGGUGCUUGAUGAAGUGGUCUCCCUAUUCACAUCGGGCCUCACUGAUAUACAGGAGGCAAUACCGGAAGCUCUGGAUACAGUAGGUGACCCCAACAGACUCGCAAGCCAAGUGUUGCCUCAACUGGAAGGACUGUUUGCAGCCCUGGAUGAUAGUGAGGGAUGAGGUAUAAGGAUAAGUGCUCCAUUUGCAGUAUGUGGGAAGUCAGGGAGAGCACAAUUGUCCCUGAUGACUACACCUGUAAAAGGUGCAUCCAGCUGCAGCUCCUGACAAACCAUGUAAGGGAGCUGGAGCUGGAUGAACUUCGGAUCAUUUGGGAGGCAGAGGCAGGAAUAAACAGGUGUUACAGGGAGAAAGUCACCGCUAAGAGUCAGGAGACAGGUAGCUGGGUGACUGUCAGGAGAGGGAAGGGGAUUAUACAGAAUGAACAGAGCACCCCUGUGGCCGUUCCCAUCAAUAAUAAGUAUACCAUUUUGGAUACUGUUGGUGGGGAUGACCUACCAGGCACAAGUUGCAGUGGCUCUGGCACUGAGACUGGACCCUCAGCUCAGAAGGGAAGGAGGGAAAAGAGAAGAGCAGUAGUGAUAGGGGAUUCGAUAGUUAGGGGGACAGAUAGGAGGAUCUGUGGAAGAGAUUGAGAAUCCCGGAUGGUCUGCUGCCUCCCUGGUCCCAGGGUCUGCGAUAUCUCAGAUUGAGUUCUCAGUAUUCUCAAGAGGGCGGGUGAGCAGCCGGAUGUCGUGGUCCAUAUAGGGACCAAUGACGUGCGUAGGAAGAGUGAGGAGGUCCUGAAAGGUGAGUUUAGGGAGUUAGGCACCAAGUUAAAGGACAGGACCUCCAGGAUAGCAAUCUCAGGAUUGCUACCAGUGCCACGUGCAGGCGGGUUUAGAAAUAGUAAGGUAGCACAGAUCAACAUUUGGCUGAAGACAUGAUGCAGGAGGGAGGGCUUCAGAUUUAUAGAUAAUUGGGCAGUUUUCCAGGGAAGGUGGGAUGUUCUGGUGGGAUGAUUUACAUCUGAACUGGAGGGGGACAACUAUUCUUGCAGGUAGGUUUGCUAGAGAGGGUCCAGUGGA